AUGGAAAAUCUGCUACUUGUUGUGGAAGAGCGCAAUCGAGCUGAAGCGGAUUUGGAGCAUGGUGAAUGGGUUGGUCCUACGACGGCAGAGGGCAUCGACGCACUGGGUCGUCCGUGUUCACGACUCACCAGCGAACAUCUCGAACCCCGAGUUGGUGACAAGACUGCAAAGGCGGACGAACAGAUGUGGGGGGAAAAAACCGUGGAGUUGCUGCGGCUUGAAGAGGAAACAUACAAAUCGAAGGAUCGUAAAACGACGCGGAGCGAACGCGUCACUCAGCGAAAGAAGCGAUGGAAUCGUUUGGACUAUUUUAGUGCAACCUCUUCAGACAAAACACCCAUGUAG